AUGUAUGUGAAACUGGCUGUAGUUGUGUUUAUGUUGAUUGUACAGAGCAGAGUGGACGCUAUGGAUUCCGCCAAUGUCCAUGACACCUCCUCCCAGGAGAGGCCUUUUAAUGUUCAGAGAAGACGGUUAUCCCUACAGGACACAGCGGAGCUGCAGCAGUGUUUACUGAGCGCUGGAGAUGUGGGCUGCGGGACAUUUCAGUGUUUCACGAACAACUCAUGCAAGAUUCGCGGACUGCAUGAUAUUUGCUCGAGUUUCCUGCACAACGCCGGCAAAUUCGACUCUCAGGGCAAGUCAUUCAUCAAGGAUGCACUGAAAUGCAUGGCACAUGGGUUACGGCACAAGUUCAGCUGUGUCAGUCGCAAGUGUGUUUCCAUGAAGGAGAUGGUGUUUCAGCUGCAGCGCGAGUGCUACAACAAACACAACUUCUGCUCAGUGGUCAGGGAGAACAUCAAUGUCAUGAUGGAGAUGAUCCACUUCCAGGAUCUCUUUCCCAAAGGGCCUCAUGUGGAACUGGUGAACAUACUGCUGGGCUGUAGUGAGGGGGUGCGUGUCGCCAUUACCCGCCAUAUUUAUGCCCAGUGUGAGCAGAACUGGGGUGCCCUGUGUGCCAGCCUGAGCCUCUGCCUGCCAGGCCACACCCGGAUCCAGACUUUGCCUACCUUCACUCCUGUGCCUGCUAUCAGCAGUGCCAACUUCCUACCUACUGCUGGCCCUUCUCUCCCACAGCCUGACAGACAGCAGGUUUAAAUCCUUUGCAAAGACAAUGAGGGCCUGCCUUUGCCUUCAGUGCCUCGAUUGCACCACAGUGCUACACAUCUUGAGACAGACAAUUCAAGCAGGUCUGUCAAUGAGACUCAAAGAAAAUUAAAGGAGGUGUGUGCAUAAAGGUAGUAUGUACAUUAUUGUUAUUACCAUAGUGGGAAUGUAUACUUUGCAUCUGAAAUAUUAGGAUGGUAACAACCUAUGAAGUGACAGUUCCAGCUGCAUUAAAACAAAACUGGAGUCUCUCCGUGUUCCUGUUUAACAAACUGGUGACUAUCUGGUGUCAACAUUGGUGUCAGGAGAGGACUCAAAUGAACACAGAAGUUACAACUGACAACAAUCCAUCAAUUUGAUUUCAGUACAUUAUGAGAGUAAAUUCAGGGUGCCUUUUCUCAUGAGCAUGAUAUGUUUAAGCUCUGAUCCACAUUUAGUUUUUGUUGUCCUUCCUCUGUCAUGCCAAAGUUGAAUCACACUUAAGAAUGUCCAACUCAUGUCCAGCACUGAAUGUAUUAUUU